CCCUCCUCGUGGCCAUUGGUUGUAAAUGCGGAAGGAGUGUUGGGUGUAGGUGGAGUUUCAAAUAGUUUUAUUGCAGCAAAACCUGUGCUAAUAAGCAACCCAGAGGGACAGAAAGCCACUGUGAGGCCAUAUGUCACCACUUUGCCACUUAAUUUAUGGGGUCGAGAUGUGUUGGAUCAAUGGGGGGUGCGUCUUACCAUGGAUUUUUCAUAGGGGCCACUGUGCUGCAGGGCAUGGAGCGCCUGACACUGGCACUGACCUGGUUAACAGAUAAACCAGUGUGGGUGGAUCAGUGGCCCCUCAAUCAAGAAAAACUCCUCGCCUUGAAAUCUUCAGUUGCAGAACAAUUGGCUGCAGGACAUAUUGAGACCUCUCAUAGCCCAUGGAACACACCAGUGUUUGUGAUCAAAAAGAAAUCUGGAAAAUGGAGGCUAUUACCUGAUUUACGAAAGAUUAAUGAGGUAAUAGCAACCAUGGAGGCAUUGCAGCCGGGGUUACCUUCUCCAGCUAUGAUUCCAAUGCAAUGAGAAAUUAUUAUAAUGGACUUAAUAGAUUGUUUUUUCACCAUCUCUUUAGCCACACCUGAUAUGGAGAAGUUUGCUUUCACUGUACCCUCAGUGAACAACAGUGAGCCGGCGAAAAGGUAUCAUUGGAAAGUUUUGCCUCAGGGAAUGAAAAAUUCUCUCACCAUUUGUCAGUGGUUUGUGGCAAAGGCCUUAAGUCCAGUUCGUACUGCAUUCCCAACAUGUUAUUGUUAUCAUUAUAUGGAUGACAUUUUGUUAGCUGCUCCAUCUCAACAGAUGUUAAGCGAAAUGGAAGUCACAGCACAUGAUUCACUACAGUGAUUAGGCCUAGUUAUUGCACCUGAAAAGGUAAAGUGUCAACAGCCGUGGCUGUAUUUGGGUAUGAAAAUAUUAAAUCAGAUGGUCACACCACAACCCAUUCAGUUACAAUUGGAAAUAAAAACUUUAAAUGAUAUACAAAAAUUGGCCGGAGUAAUCAAUUGGGUUCGACCCUAUUUAGGGUUACCAUCAUCGAAAUUACAGCCACUUUUGGAUUUAUUGAAGGGUGAUAGAGAUAUUGCUGCACCACGGGCAUUAACCCCUGAGGCAAAGGAAGUAAUUACAGAAGUAGAGCAAGCAAUUGUGCAUAGAUGUGUGUAG